AAAUACAACACUGCUAGACAACGCUACCCAACACUGAAAAAAUACCACGAUGUUUACAAAUUCUUCAAACAAGAAAACACAAAAUGGUAGAAUUAGAGGGUUAUGUCGUGGUUCCCCUACGCCCCACGCCGCAGGCUAAACAUUGCCACAGCGUCUACAUGCGGGAGCACUUUAUCCGCCUGAUGGAUCCAAACAAACCCAAGGGUCGCACGCUCUUCCUGCUCAACGUUCCGCCCUACGUUACGGAGGACAGCCUGAAGACGGUCUUUGGCCGUGCUGGGAUCGUAGAGGCCGUGGAGUUCGCCGCGAAGCCGGGCAAGGAGGAGACCAUCAAGUGGUACGAGGGUACCGGCGAACCGUUCUCAAACACACGACCGCCCUUCAAAUUCAAGGUGGCCUACAUAGUGUUCCAGAAGAGCAGCAGCAUAGGCAAGGCCCUGGCCUUGAAGAGCAUCGACCUCUUCAACAGCAGCGGCGAGUGCCUCCUCCAAACCGGCAUGCAGUUGUGGCACGACGAGUACGAGGGCAACUACCUGCUGGAGGCCCACAAGGCAAAGAUACAGGUCAGCAAGUACAUGGCCGGAUACGACAAGAGGGAGCGGGCUGCCGCGGAGGCAGCCAAGACCGGAGAGGCCGAUGCCGACGGUUGGGUCACCGUGGGCAAGGAGGGCCGCAACGCUGGCUUCGAGCAGAAAGCCUCUGUGGUUGAACGCCUGGAACAAAAGGUGGCCAGGGAUCACAAGUCUAAGGAACUGAAGAACUUCUACACCUUCCAGAUACGCGAGAGCAAGAUGCAGAAUAUUGUGGAGAUGCGCAAGAAGUUUGAAGAGGACAAGCGAAAGAUCGAGCUGCUCAAGCAAUCGCGACGCUUUAAACCGUUUUAGUCAGUUCGCAUAGGUUAAGCAUGAAAUAAAACUUCUUUAUGAUACAGA